AUGGAUAUAGCUCUCACUAAAUAAGAAAUCAAUUCAAAAGGCAUCACUUCAAUUGAGUCAGCUACUAUUCAAUAGAACUCAAAAAAGAUAAUCAGUCAAAACUAAAAUGAAAUGCAAAAUCAAGGAGUUCCAUGGCAUGCAUUCACCCUAUUCUACUUUCCUUUUGCUCUUAUUUUCAUCUCUCUCAUUGUUGAGUACUAUUACCAAAAUGUAUUUUUCCCAAUCUGGGUUGCCUAUGUCAUAAUUCCAAUUCUUGAUUAUGUGCUUCCACACGAUAACUACAACCUCCCAGAAAAUUAAAUAAGAACCUAUGAAAAAGAUAAGCGAUUCUUGAUUCCCUUGUACGCUGCUUGGAUCAUUGAUUUCUACACAUACUUUUAUGCUAUGACUUUGAUAUCAAAAGGAAUGAUGCCUCAAGGACCAGCUUAUUUCUUUUUAUAUUCUUUUUGCAUUGCUAAUUGUGGUGCUUUAAAUCUAUCAAUUGGCCACGAACUUGCUCAUAGAAAAGAGCUUAUUCACAAGAUUUGUGGCAAUCUUGUAUAUUCAAAAAUGUUUUACUCUCAUUUCAUCAUUUAGCACAUAAAAUCCCAUCAUAAAAAAGUUGCAACUCCAGAGGAUCCUUCAACAUCUCGCAAGGGAGAAUCCAUCUGGGACUUUUUAUAUAGAACUUUACCAGAGGGAUAUGCUGAGACAUGGGAACUCGAGAAAACUAGACUCGCUCUUGUUGGCAAAUCUCCAUAUUCUCUAGAGAACAAACUAAUCCUCUGGAAUAUUGGGCAUAUUCUUUGGCUCGGAGUUAUUUACUUUGCAUUUGGAAAAUUAGCUGCCAUUUUUUAAAUUUCUACCUCAAUCCUAAAUAUUAUCUACUUUGAAACAAUAAACUAUAUCGAGCAUUACGGACUACAGAGAAAGAAAGAUGUAAAUGGAAAUUAUGAAUCAGUAAAGAUAACUCACUCAUGGAAUGCACCGCAAGUAGCCUCUAAUUAUUUACUUUUUAAGCUGUAAAGACACUCAGAUCACCAUGCUAAUUCUUACAAACCUUACUAAAUCCUUGAGUCUUUACCAGAAAGUCCUAAUCUACCAUUCGGAUAUACUGCAUCUUUCCUACUCAGCUUUGUGCCAUUUGUUUGGUUUAAGGUUAUGGAUCCAUAUGUUGAUGCCUGCAAUAAAGGAGAAAAAAUUGAUGAGAAAUUAAAGAAAGAGUUAGAUAAAUGGAUUUUCGGCACUCUAUUCGGAAUUUCAAUUCUUUUCACUUAUAUUAAUUUCUGGUUGGUUGGAUUCCAAUACAGAUUCUGA